AUGAUCCAGACCUGUUUCACCAGUGUUCUUAAUAUUGACAUAAAUAAUCUAAAAAAUAACAACAUUUUCACUGGGAGUUUUUACGCAUAUUCAUCCGCUUUCAUGGAACAAACAAAACGAAUUAUUCUUGAAAGAGCAACAAAGGAAUUUGAAUCAGAAACAGAAUCGGAUGACGAUAACGACCUCCAUAUUCCUGAUGGAGGAUGGAGUUGGGUUGUUUGCUUUGCCGGAUUCAUGAUGAAUUUUACUAUUUUCGGAUUGGUUUCCUCAAAUGGUAUUAUCCUCCUUGGAUUAGUCGACCUUUAUGGAGACACAGUAUCAAAAACAGCCAUCGUUGGUUCUAUUUUCAUGGGAAUCGUAUUAUGCGUUGGUCCAUUUGUGUUGCUUCUAAUGAUGUUUAAUGCAAGCCAUCGCCAAGUUAUUAUUUGCGGAGGAAUCCUUUCUACCAUGUCAACCAUUGGAAGCUUUUUUGUUGACCAAGUUGAAGUUCUUUACUUUACAUAUGGGAUUCUCUCAGGUUUCUUUGCUGGCAUGUCCCACUUUUCCUGCAACACCAUCGUUGGAUCUUAUUUCAAGAAGAAACGAACUUUGGCCGUCGGAAUCGCUAAUACUGGAGGAGGAAUUGGUGCAUUUGUCCUUAAUUAUUUAGUAGAACGAAGCAUUUCCUAUUAUGGUAUGAGGGGAACAUUUUUAUUAAUAGGUGGAUUGUUUUUGAACUUUGUUGUUUAUGGCGCCUUGUGUCGACCGCUUAAGACCGUCAGCAUGAAGAACAAGGUGAUGAAAGAAAUCAAAUUGAAGUCUGUGAAUGAACAUCUUUUAAAACCGGAAUCAGGAUUCGAUCCAGACGAAAAGAUGAUUGAAUAUGAUAUAGAGACAAAGGCAAAAGCUUUUGACGGCCCUGAAGAUGCAAGAUAUCCACAAAUUGGUCCUCCAAAAAGUAUGGCAAGUUAUAUUUCAAAUAAAUGCACUUUCCUUCGAAAAAUCAUUUUUGAUCCAGAUGUUAUGAAAAAUCCUGGAUUGCAGUUGCAUUUAAUUGUUUACUUUUUUUGGACAGCGAGUAAAAUUAUUUUGAUCUAUCUUCCGGCAAAAGUUGUGAAUGUUGGCCUCACACGAGAACAAGGAGCCUUGAUAAUGUCCAUCUACGGCGCAGUUAUUGCGUUUAGCCAAAUUGUUGUUGGAAUUCUUGCCGACCUGUUUCACAUCCCUGUAAGCUACCUUCUGAUGUCUUCAUUGUUUGGCAUGUCAGUCACUUCUGUUGCCAUUACAUUCUGUCACUCAUUCUCUUUGUUCAUCUUGUGCGCAUCCCUGUUCGCCAUUUGCCAUGGAUUUACCUAUACCCUCCGAAUGGUGCUUGUGGCUUCCAUCUUGGGUGUAAGAAAUCUGACCAAAGGAUAUUCCCCUUUGUGCCUUCUGACUGGUCUCACUGACAUUAUCGAUACGACCAUCGCAGGAUUUUUGUUGGAUGCUACAAGGUCUUACGAUUCUAUUUUUUAUUUCAUCACCGGUUCUUUAUUCAUUGCCUGCAUCGUAUCAAGUGGAAUCAUCCUAACGCCCUUCAGACCCCAACGCCACUUCAGACCCCAAAGACUCCUUCAGAUCCCAACUCUCCUUCAGAUCCUAACGCCCUUCAGACCCCAACGCCACUUCAGACCCCAAAGACUCCUUCAGAUCCCAACGCUCCUUCAGAUCCUAACGCCCUUCAGACCACAACGCCACUUCAGAUCCCAAAGACUCCUUCAGAUACCUACGCUCCUUCAGACCCUAACGCCCUUCAGACCACAACGCCCCUUCAGACCCCAACGCCCCUUCAGAUCCUAA